AUGAUUCAACGUGUUUUGGGAGUCGUCAGCGGAGUGCUGAAAACGCUCUAUCGCAUUCCAUACGCCAAGCGUCCGUUGGAUCUGACGCUAACGUGGACUGCUGCUGCCGUGCGGUUGGGUAACGGGACGUUCUGUGGCGUAGGCCAAUCAGUGCAGCCUGAAAAGACACUGAUUCUGUACGAGUACGAGGGUUGCCCCUUCUGCAAGAAGGUUAGUACAUGUUGA